GUUUUGCUGUGGUAUAUUUGGUCAUUAUGAGAUGUCGUCUACCAGUGCUUCAUUUGUGCAAAUUAGAUUUGAUGACUUGCAGUUUUUUGAGAACUGCGGUGGAGGGAGUUUUGGGAGCGUCUACCGAGCCCGAUGGAUUUCUCAGGACAAGGAGGUGGCUGUAAAGAAGCUGCUCAAAAUAGAAAAAGAGGCAGAAAUACUCAGUGUGCUCAGUCACAAAAAUAUCAUUCAGUUCUACGGAGCUGUCAUUGAACCUCCAAAUUAUGGCAUAGUUACAGAGUAUGCUUCUGCUGGCUCACUGUUUGAUUACAUUAAUAGUAACAAAAGUGAAGAGAUGGAUAUGGAUCAUAUCAUGACCUGGGCAACUGACAUAGCUAAAGGAAUGCACUAUUUACACAUGGAAGCUCCAGUAAAAGUAAUCCACAGGGAUCUGAAGUCCAGGAAUGUUGUUAUAGCUGCUGAUGGCGUCUUAAAGAUCUGUGAUUUUGGUGCCUCAAGGUUCCACUCCCAUACAACACAUAUGUCAUUAGUGGGCACUUUUCCAUGGAUGGCCCCAGAAGUUAUCCAAAGUCUCCCAGUGUCUGAAACAUGUGACACAUACUCAUAUGGAGUGGUUCUCUGGGAGAUGCUAACAAGGGAGGUCCCCUUUAAAGGCUUGGAAGGAUUACAAGUAGCUUGGCUUGUAGUGGAAAAAAACGAGAGAUUAACCAUUCCAAGCAGUUGUCCCAGAAGUUUUGCAGAACUGAUGCACCAAUGUUGGGAUGCUGAUUCAAAGAAAAGGCCAUCUUUCAAGCAGAUAAUUUCAAUCCUGGAAUCUAUGUCAAAUGACAGCAACCUUCCAGACCAGUGUAACUCAUUCCUGCAUAACAAGGCAGAGUGGAGAUGUGAAAUUGAGGCAACCUUAGAGAGACUAAAGAAACUGGAGCGUGAUCUGAGCUUUAAAGAGCAGGAACUAAAGGAACGGGAGCGACGUUUGAGGAUGUGGGAGCAGAAGCUAACUGAACAGUCCAAUACUCCUUUUUUCUUACCUCUUGCUGCAAGAAUGUCUCAGGAGUCUUACUUUGAAUCUAAAACAGAGGAGUCAAACAGUGCAGAGAUGUCAUGUCAGAUCACAGCAACAAGUAACGGGGAGGUAGCUGGCAUGAACCAAAGUCUGAAGGCCUUGAUGAUGACGGGCUUUGGGGAUAUCUUCUCUCUGAACCAAGCAGGAUCUGUCCUGCACUCUGGAAUGCAGAUAAACAUGCAAGCCAAAAAGAAUUCUUCUAAAACCACCUCUAUGAGAAAAGGGAAGAAAAUCAACAUGGCUUUGGGUUUCAGUGAAUUCGACUGGUCAGAUGACGAUGAUGAUGAUGAUGAUUUUGAUGACACAGAUGAUAGCAGCGAAUGAAAUCAGUUAUAGAAUUAACCCUGAAAUCGGUUUUAGCAAGCAAAACCAAUAAAGUUUUAGAAUAAGAAUCCUGUUAGUUUGGUCUGUUAAAUCCUGUAAAAGAAAAAAAAAAAAAGGGAGACAUUUUCCAGGCUGAGCAUGUUUGUGUGUAGAAAGACAUGUUGUUUUUGUUUAGACUGUGCUGAACUGUUUCUGCUUUGAUGAAAUUUGGAACUAAACUUUCCAAACUAAUUGAGACUAUCGUUAUUUUAAGAACCGUGAUUAUAUCUAUAAUUCUUGAUGCCUGAUUACAGAAACUAUGGCUUGAUAAACUUAAGAUCUGAAAACACUGGGGGAAACUUCAAUGCCUUUAAUGCCACUAAUGUACUUCAAUUUUUUCUUUUGUGUUUUUUGUAAUUUCCCUUACCCCUUUAAUUGUCAAUCAUACUUGUACUUCCAGACUUGCUAUUCUCUGCAAUUCGUCUUUUCUUACUAUUUCAGUGAAGGGGUUUGCUGUGUUUGUAAUUUAAAGCCUUUUCCAAGGCAGCAUCAUGGGAAGUCACAAAUACAUUUCUAGGAAGAGAGAAGCUUGAUUGAGGGGAAGAGAGGGGCUAGUUAAAUACAUAGGUUCAAAACUGAAGUGCAGCAGAAACCAGAUAAUCCCUAUUAGUAGAUUAUUUGUAUAAAUGCUCCUUUUUCCUCUCACGUGUAUAUGCAUGUGUAGAUAAUUCACUCCAGCAAAGCAAACUGCAAUCAGCCCUCUGCAUCUAUUAUCAGAUAUUGUCAUCUAGAAGCUAAUUUUCAGUUUUGUUGAUGUAAAUCCAAGAAGCCUCAUUAACUUUGAUGGACUUAUUAUUGUACCUGAGAGUAAAAAUCGGUGUUAGUAAAUUUUUAUUCUGUUGCAUCUCCCGAACGGUGUGUGCUACCCCUGUGAAAGGACAAAGGGAAGCCACAGUGACAUUUCAGCUUGGGCCUUAUUACUGUGGCUCAUGUGAAAUUCGCCGUGAGGGUGAUAAGGAAUAUUUCCUAGUGUCUGCCUACCUGUUUUUUUUCAGCUAAAUCACUUUUAAAAUAUUGCCACUGCUGUUACGACUUACCAUAAAGCACAGCGUGUAGCAACCUGCUGAAAUAAUUGCCUGCCAGGCACUCAUGUUGAGAGCAGCAAGUGUGUUUCUCUUGAUGACCCCUGUAGUGGUGAUGCAGGAGGCAAGGAAACCAGUGCAAACACAAGUGCAGGUUAGAAAAGAUGUUUUAAAAUAUUUGCCCAAGGAAGAAGGGCAGCAUUUCAAAAGAAAGACAUUACUGUCUAGUUCAGCUGUAGUGGGAAUAAACCAUCAAAAUUCCAUUCUCAAUUACUGGAAGGGUUUCUUUUAUGAAAGCUUAUGUUUUUUGAGUGGCUUCUUUAAUUAUAGGCUUGCCUGUUGCACAGUUCUAACCUACGUGUUAUGUUGUCUUUGUAGAUAGUGUAGAGAAAAAAAUGGAUACAUUAGAUAACAGUAGGCCUGAAAUCAUUACGUGUCCACUCAACAAAAGAGGAAGUUCUUUGAAGGAGGUUUUCUAGAGUGAUGAGUGGGCACCUCUUCAGGUUGUGAGAGAGAAUUGUUUUAUCCUUAAGCACCAGCACUGGUAACGUGCAAGGCAGCAAGUGCUGCUCUUCAAGUUAGCCUACUCCACUCGCUUUGCAUAGGAUUAGACCCUCCAAGAUGCUUAAUUUCUGUAGGAUGUCAUUCCACAUUCCACCUUCUUUGUAACAGCUGCAAAUCCAUUGGCUUGAAGCUAACUCUCUUGUAUCAGGAAGCUUUUCUCUUGACAGAAUUGUAAUUUGAAUGAUGUAAUAGGUUCAUUGGAGCAUCCCAAGGAGAAACUUGCUCCUUUAGCACAGACAGGAAUGGCUUCUUUGGUUCAUCAAAACAACCUGAUUUUAGGGAGAAAAAAGGACAUUGAAGGGCAAAUAAUUAAAGGGAAAUAAGAGCAGAUAGGCUGUUUCCAGUGCAGGUUUCUACUAUUUUUGUAAGUCUAUGUCUGCUAACAUCCACAGCAAUGAUGCUAUUUUUGUAACUGCCACUUUGCACCCAGGAAAAUUUUAUGGAUUUGUGUAAUGUAAUAUAUGCACUUUAGAUCUUAAGAUGUGUGUCAUUUUGCAUAUAUCACUGUACCACAUAAGCAGUGUAGGGUUGUACAUGUUUAACUGAAAAUGAAAUUUGGCUCAGUACAUUUAGUACUCAACUCUCCCUAGCAUUGAUGUUUUGUACUUCUUUAGCAUCUGACAAUCUCAGAGCACUUCAUGCACAUUUAUAUUUGCAUUGGUUUUAACUGAAUUUGUAAAUCCAUGCUUUAAUCUUUACAGAAGUAAAAAUAGUCCUUAAGUAGUAUGACACAGGUUUUCUUAGAUAGAAAAUCACGAGAUUUAAGUCUUUCCUCUGGGCUUGUGCUUGCUGAGGUUUGUAACCUGUUUCAACAGAAUAUCAUCAGAAUUUGGGAGCAUGCUCACAGGAAUUUCUGCUAUUUAGUUCCAGGUUUUUUUAAUGAAACAAAGACAGAUUCCCCCCCCCCUUUGUUUCCCCAUACAUCAUUUGUCAAAGUAAAUUAAACUAUAUUUAUGGUAUUUAUAAGAUAAAAUUUAAGCUCUUGUAAAACCUACCUGUGUGUUCAAAGUAUCAAAGGUAGUCUCUGAAUUCUAGAGAAGAUGAUAUAUGUGAAAAACUCUUCUGAUGCAGUUCCCUUGAGAAAGUGUUAGAAUAUUGGCUAUGCUUAUUAAAAAGUGAUGGUGUUGAUUGCAUUUUAACUUUCCUGUGAUGACUUUCAUACCAGAUGUCUCCAGUUUAGAAGCCAAAAAUCAUAUGUGAGAAUAAGGCUGUAUUGUUUCUGCCUCUGAUACAUUUCUCACUAGAUAAAGGUUUUGAAAGUGGCUCUGGUGGGCAGUUAUGUUGGCUGGAGGAGGUCAGAGUACUUCAUCCUACACACCUGAUUUUGCUCUGCAGUGCAACCCAGUCUAUCUUCCACCUGUAUUAUCACCAGGGUAUGUAGAUCUUCACAACAGUUCACAGCCACAGAGCUUAUGAAAGUGUUAACCAAACUCAGCAGGUGUUCCUCUGGCUGUUCUGGGUUGAGUAAAAGCACCAAAAGCUUUUGCAUGUCUCAUGCACCUCUCAGCUCGCUAGUUCCUGCCAGGCCUUUUGGCAUCCCAGUUUUCUCCACCUUCCAUAAAGCCCUGGGGGUAUCUGCAGAAAAAUAAUAUUGCUGCAUUUGAAAUAGAAGGAUAAGAACCAGGCCAGAACUUCUUGUUUUUACCAGGCUGUUGUACUGCCAGUGUUAACUUAGAUGAGUAAAUAACCUGAGAGAAGAAUAGUGAGGAUCAGCUUUUGGCUUGCAUAAAGCCACCGAGCUGGGACCAAGACAGGAUGUCCAACUCCCUUUCUUUUCCUUCAGCAGUAUGGAAAAAAUGGGAGAAUUAUUGGAGGAAAUUUUUUGAUCUAAUCAUUUUUGUGAUGAUCACACCACUAAUCCUUUGGAGCAGCAAGUGUCCUCAGGCCUGGUGUGUAGGUGUGCUGCAGCCCCAGCCAGCUGUGGGCUGCCUGACUUGGGGCUUGUCCCCUCUAAGUGGGAAGGGCUUCCAGGAGGUGAGAUCUGGCACAGCUCCCUGACAUGUAGUCAUGUUCUGGACUUGUCAUUUGCUUAUCGUUCCAGUGGUUUUGUUAGAUGUUGAUUCCCUUUCCUUAUGGGUUUUAAAGUGGUUAUUCUGAGUGAAAUAUUUGAUGCAAUAAUGAUUUAUCUUGCUAUCAGCAGUAAAUCCAUAGCGUGCAUAGAGCUGUUAAGUAUUCAGCAGUGUUAUCGUGUGUCUUUAGUACUGUAGUUCCUUUUUCUGUAAUCAGGCAGCUUUUACAGGUUUUUAAUAAGACAUCUAACUUGACAGAGGUUUUAACUACAGUCCUAGGUAGAAUUUUCGGGUAGAAAAAUAAGUUCAUUUAGUAAUUUUCACAGCCCUUAAAAUGCACUGGUAGGAAUCUGGAGGAGAGACCUUUCCCUUUUCCCCCAGACCAACUUAGUGUACACUGUAAAAUCUGCACAGAGAUUUCUGAUGUGUGAAGAUUUAAUUUUAAAACUGUAGAAGCAACAACCUUCUUUAAACAUUUUAUAUUGUGUGCUAAAUAUUCAUAUGCCUUUAAAAGUCAGAUAUAGUCCACUGCAUUUCUUGCUUUUGCACUACUGAAAGUUUUGUACUGAAUACUAGGAGUCAAUGCUACUUACACUUCAGGUGUGAACUGAUUAAAUUUGAAUAGAAAAUAUUUUCACAGUGUUAGAAAACUUCAUUUUCCCUUCUGAAAAAAAAAAAAGCUGAGCGCAAUGCCUGUGCCAAAACUCUUGUGCUGUAAACUGCAUAUAUCAUUUGUGUGGAACAUGCAAUAUUACACUUCUGUGUGGUAAAACCUUGCAGAGUCAGUUACUCUCUUUUUUUGCACUUGACAUAUGAUGUCUUGUUUUAUUCACACUGUGGAUUUGAUUUUCCAGUGUAAAACCAAAGCAAACAAACAAAAAGAAAUAAUGCAAUGUAUUCAAUUUCCUCAAUUGGUGUCACAAACUUUCUUUUGAUGUGAACUUUUUCCUUUGCUUCUCUUUGUUCCAAACUUCUAUUUUGCAAUAAACAUUUUGUCAGUAAA